AUGGAGAGAACAUGCAAACUCCUCACUGAAGGGCCAUACUCCGUGAUUGAACCUUUGAUCUCAGAACUGGAGGCGAAAUAUGUUGUGCGCUAUAAAUGUAGUCAGCCUGGCCCUAUACAGGAUGUAUUGAGGCAAAGACCGGGCUGGAUUGAAGUAAAAGAUGAUGGUGAAUGGGACUUCCACUGGUGUGGUGUGGGUUGGCUUAAAGAGAAUUUGUACAUGGAGGAACAUGUAAGAGUCAACCAUUUUCGUAACCAUUACGAGUUAACACGUAAAGAUUUCAUGCUGAAAAAUUUGAAAAGAUUCAAAAAGAAUCUUGAAAGGGAGGCCAACUGCAUGGAAAGCUCCAAAUGUGAUUUCUUCCCCUGCACCUUCGCAUUGCCUAAUGAGUAUCAUCUCUUUGUGGAAGAAUUUAAAAGAAAUCCUGGCAGCACCUGGAUCAUGAAGCCGGCAGCAAAAUCUCAAGGGGCAGGUAUCUUCCUUUUUAAAAAACUGAAAGACAUUAUGGAAUGGAGGAAGCAUGAUGGCACCCGCUCUGACGAGCAGAAAGAUGUAACUCAGGUGGAAAGUUACGUGGCACAACGCUAUAUUGAGAACCCAUACCUACUUGGUGGGAGGAAGUUUGAUCUGCGGGUCUACGUGAUGGUCACAUCAUAUUUUCCCUUGAAGGCAUGGCUAUAUCGAGAGGGGUUUGCUCGCCUCUCCAGCACACGUUUCUCUCUCAAUAGCAUUGAUGAUAAGUAUGUGCAUCUCACUAAUGUAGCUGUUCAAAAAACUGCACCUGACUAUGAUCCUGAAAAAGGAUGUAAAUGGAAGAUACAGAAGCUCCGUAGGUACCUGACUGCUAAGCAUGGAAGACAGGUGGUUGAAACUCUUUUCAAAGAUAUGGAUAACAUCUUCAUCAGCAGCCUGCAGAGUGUGCAGAAGAUCAUUAUAAAUGACAAACACUGCUUUGAGCUAUAUGGCUAUGACAUUAUGUUGGAUGAGAACCUCAAACCGUGGUUAAUUGAAGUAAAUGCCUCUCCAUCGCUUGCACCUAGUAGCCAAGAGGAUUAUGAUAUGAAGUACAGUUUACUGGAAGACACUGUGAAUAUUGUGGAUAUGGAGGGAAGGUUGACUGGUAAGGAGAAGAGAGUGGGUGGGUAUGAUCUCGUGUGGAAUGAUGGACCGGUCUAUAGUGAGGAGGUUGAUCCAGAAAUAUUUGGCUGUUCAUGUUUAAAAGCUAACACAUAUUUGGGUUGUGCAAAUGACAGGGAACGCCAGCUAAAUUCCCUUCUGAAAACAUUUCCUGGCCAGAAAAAGACAUAA